GCAACUGAGACUUUAUUCAAUUACAGUGAUUUGAUUCUAGAAUAUACGCGGAAUAUAAUUCAAAAUCAUUAAUUAAACAUUGUUCGAAAUUACACGAGCGGUUUUUAGGGUUUUCUGAUGUUUGGCGUCAUUAGCCAUUAUCGCAUUCUUUUUGGAGUCACGUGAUUUAGCCAAAUCGUCGCUGUUCCGUGUUCGUCUGUUCAUCAUGAUCGUUGAUUUAAGCCUAGAAUGUUCAUUGUGACAUGAAACUUAUAGGAGUGACCGGGAAUAGGAGACUUCACUGUAUUAACUCAUCUUCACUGUAUUAGCUUGUCUUCAACAUAGGGUUUUUAUGUGGUUCCUUGUGUAUCAAUAAAGAGUGGACUGAUGGAGCAAAGAAAGAGUUUAUGUGUGUGACAUGAAACUUAUAGGAGUGACCGGAAAUAGGAGACUUCAUUGUAUUAACUCAUCUUCACUGUAUUAGCUUGUCUUCAACAUAGGGUUUUUAUGUGGUUCCUUGUGUAUCAAUAAAGAGUGGACUGAUGGAGCAAAGAAAGAGUUUAUGUGGUUGUGAUUCAAAGAUAUAGACAUGGCCACAGCAAACUCCCUAUAUAGUACACAUAAGUGUUCUAAGUGUCCGGGGGACACAGAGUACCAUUGUGUAUCGUGUCCAUGUGAUCUGUGUCCCCAGUGUAAAGAGAACCAUGUAAAAGAUCUCCAAACAAUAGACCAUGAUGUUGUGUCACACCGUGAUAAAAUCAACUACAUCCCAACACAAGAGAUCUGUGUGAGACAUCCUAGCCAUGUUUAUACAAAGUACUGUGAACCUUGUCAAGUUCCUGUGUGUGAUUCUUGUUCAGAGGACCAAUCGCACAGAUUCAGAAGUUUUCGCUAUGGCCAAGGACAGCACGAAAUACUGGAUAUACAAACCACUUAUGAAACAAAGCGACAACAACACAGAGGAACCAUUCACACCAUCAGAAGUGAGGCUCUCUUUUACAGACCUGUUCUCCUGCCACGAAUGAAAACUGAUUUCAAAACCUGUCACACAGAAUUCUCCCGCUAUCAAUCAGAGAUGUUAACAAAGGCCCAGACACUGAAGAAUAUCAUUAACAAAGUGAGAAAAGAUUUCAUGAAAAAUGUAUUUUGUGACUUUGAUUUCAAACACAGAUGUUUAAAACAGACAAUAGAAAUGAGCAGACAUAUUGUCAGCCUACAGGAAUAUGAACUCAGAUAUAUACAGCCAGAAUUCACAUUCAGUGCGCUACAAUUCCUCUCCUUCAUAAAGACAGUCCUCCCCCAGAUAAAUCUUACACUCCACACCAGCCAGCUCUCCAUGACUGAGUCACUCAACAAGGAGGAUGUGAUGGAGUCACUGAGUGCAAUCCAAAUCACAGAGAGAGGAAACCGACGCGUAGGAAACCAGUGUCUGCUGAAACUGACGUCUGGAGCUGAGUUCCAUCAAUCUCUCACACUGACAGAUGUUCGUGGUUGUUAUCACAUUUCCUGUGUGACAUCAGACCGGGUCUGGGUCAGUGAUAAUAGAAACAAUCUCAUGUUGACAGACACAACAGGUGUCCCUCUACAUCUUGUGAAGGAUUUAUGUAGUGGUGUAGGAUUACACACAGUGAACAGUGAGAGUGAACUGAUUUAUAUAGAUAGGAAAUAUAACAUCAACAAACUGUCAAAGGAUAUGAAAACAAACACCAAAUUUAUAGAGACAACAGACUUUACAUGGAGACCACGGUGUGUGUACUGGUCCCCGUCCACUGGGGAUCUACUGGUCGGGAUGUGUAACUAUGGGAGAAAGACAAGCGAGGUAACAGGCAAGGUAACCCGGUACAACCAGAGUGGACAACUCACACAAACCAUACAGAACAACACCACAGGACUGGGACUGUAUAGAGAACCUUACUAUAUAACAGAGAACAACAAUGGGGAUGUCGUGGUGUCUGACUGGUUGAGUGCUGUAGUGGUGACAGAGCGUGGAGGAAGACAUCGUUUCUCCUACACAGGACGUCCAUCAGGAUCAGUACUACGGCCAUGUGGAAUCUGUACUGACCCGCUGUCACACAUCCUGGUGUGUGAUGUUAGAACCAAAACAGUACAGAUGUUAGACAGGGACGGUCAGUUCCUGUCACAUCUACUGAUAAGACCAUCAGGGAUAUUCACACCAGAGAGCCUGAGUUAUAAUGUCAACACUCACCGUCUCUGGGUCGGAUCAGGGUACAGCAAGACGGUGGUUAUAUACAGGUAUAUCACCAGACAGGACGCUCUGACAGAUCUGAAUCCAGCCACUGCUGAUGUGAUGGAGUCACUCAGUGAAAUCCCAACCACAGGGACAGAAAAACCACAGCAAGGAAACCAGUGUCUGCUGAAACUGAUGUCUCCCCCCGAGUUACUUCCCUCUCUCACACUGACAGGUGUUGAUCGUUGUUAUCACAUUUCCUGUGUGACAUCAGACCGGGUCUGGGUCAGUGAUAAUAGAAACAAUCUCAUGUUGACAGACACAACAGGUGUCCCUCUACAUCUUGUGAAGGAUUCAUGUAGUAGUCAUAGAGGAUUACACACAGUGAACAGUGAGAGUGAACUGAUUUAUAUAGAUAGGAAUUAUAACAUCAACAAACUGUCAAAGGAUAUGAAAACAACCACCCCAUUCAUAGAGAGAACAGACUCUACAUGGAAACCACGGUGUGUGUACUGGUCCCCGUCCACUGGGGAUCUACUGGUCGGGAUGUAUAACGAUGAUACAAAGACAGCCAAGGUAACCCGGUACAACCAGAGUGGACAACUCACACAAACCAUACAGAAGGACAACACAGGUAUGGGACUGUAUAGGUACCCUCGCUAUAUAACAGAGAACAACAAUGGGGAUGUCGUGGUGUCUGAUGAUGAUGCUGUAGUGGUGACAGAGCGUGGAGGAAGACAUCGUUUCUCCUACACAGGACAUCCAUCAGGAUCAGGACUACAGCCAUGUGGAAUCUGUACUGACGCGCUGUCACACAUCCUGGUGUGUGAUGAUAGAACCGAAACAGUACAGAUGUUAGACAUGGAUGGUCAGUUCCUGUCACAUCUACUGAUAAGACCAUCAGGGAUAUUCACACCAUACAGCCUGAGUUAUGAUGUCAACACUCACCGUCUCUGGGUCGGAUCAGAGGACAACAAGACGGUGGUUAUAUACAGGUAUAUCACCAGACAGGACGCUCUGACAGAUCUGAAUCCAGCCACUGCUGAUGUGAUGGAGUCACUCAGUGAAAUCCCAACCCCAGGGACAGAAAAACCACAGCAAGGAAACCAGUGUCUGCUGAAACUGAUGUCUCCCCCCGAGUUACUUCCCUCUUUCACAGUGACAGGUGUUGAUCGUUGUUAUCACAUUUCCUGUGUGACAUCAGACCGGGUCUGGGUCAGUGGUGAUAGAAACAAACUCAUGUUGACAGACACAACAGGUGUCCCUCUACAUCGUGUGGAGGAUUCAUGUCGUGGUUUACAUGGAGGAGUACACACAGUGAACAGUGAGAGUGAACUGAUUUAUAUAGAUAGGAAUUAUAACAUCAACAAACUGUCAAAGGAUAUGAAAACAACCACCACAUUCAUAGAGAGAACAGACUCUACAUGGGAACCACGGUGUGUGUACUGGUCCCCGUCCACUGGGGAUCUACUGAUCGGGAUGUAUAACGAUGAUACAAAGACAGCCAAGGUAACCCGGUACAACCAGAGUGGACAACUCACACAAACCAUACAGAACAACACCACAGGACAGGGACUGUAUAGUAUACCUAACUAUAUAACAGAGAACAACAAUGGGGAUGUCGUGGUGUCUGACUUUAUCUAUCCGUCUGGUGCUGUAGUGGUGACAGAGCGUGGAGGAAGACAUCGUUUCUCCUACACAGGACGUCCAUCAGGAUCAGUACUACGGCCAUAUGGAAUCUGUACUGACCCGCUGUCACACAUCCUGGUGUGUGAUGUUAGAACCAAAACAGUACAGAUGUUGAAUAAAGACGGUCGGUUCCUGUCACAUCUACUGAUAAGACCAUCAGGGAUAUUCUAUCCACGGAGCCUGAGUUAUGAUGUCAACACUCACAGUCUCUGGGUCGGAUCAGGAUCAUGGGACAACAACACAGUGGUUAUAUACAGGUAUAUCACCAGACAGGACGCUCUGACAGAUCUGAAUCCAGCCACUGCUGAUGUGAUGGAGUCACUGAGUGAAAUCCCAACCACGGGGACAGAAAAACCACAGCAAGGAAACCAGUGUUUGCUGAAACUGCUGUCUCCACCCGAGUUACUUCUCUCUCUCACAGUGACAGGUGCUGAUGGUUGUUAUCACAUUUCCUGUUUGACAUCAGACCGGGUCUGGGUCAGUGAUGAUAAAGACAAUCUCAUGUUGACAGACACAACAGGUGUCCCUCUACAUCGUGUGGAGGAUUCAUGUCAUGGUUUAUAUGGAUUACACACAGUGAACAGUGAGAGUGAACUGAUUUAUAUAGAUAGGAACUAUAACAUCAACAAACUGUCAAAGGAUAUGAAAACAACCACUACAUUUAUAGAGAGAACAGACUCAACAUGGAGAAUACAGUGUGUGUACUGGUCCCCGUCCACUGUGGAUCUACUGGUCGGGAUGUAUAACUAUAGGACAAAGACAGGCAAGGUAACCCGGUACAACCAGAGUGGACAACUCACACAAACUAUUCAGCAUGACAUCACAGGACUGGGGCUGUAUAGAGAACCUAACUAUAUAACAGAGAACAACAAUGGGGAUGUCGUGGUGUCUGACUAUGGUGCUGUAGUGGUGACAGAGCGUGGAGGAAGACAUCGUUUCUCCUACACAGGACAUCCAUCAGGAUCAGGACUAGAUCCAUGUGGAAUCUGUACUGACGCGCUGUCACACAUCCUGGUGUGUGAUGUAUGGACCGACACAGUACAGAUGUUAGACAGUGACGGUCAGUUCCUGUCACAUCUACUGAUAAGACCAUCAGGGAUAUUCUCACCAUGGAGCCUGAGUUAUGAGUCAACACUCACCGUCUCUGGGUCGGAUCAGGGGUCAACAAGACGGUGGUUAUAUACAGGUAUAUCACCAGACAGGACGCUCUGA